AUGACUGACGGUUCGACAACUCCACUCGCCGCCAAGGUGAAUAACCUGGCAUUGACCGAAUACGCCGCUGCCCCGACGCCGCCAUCGGAGAAGGUUGACCAGUUGGGAACGCCGCCAGAUUGGGGCAUCGCGGACUCGUUCCUGCUUCCAAAUGGGUAUCCAGACUAUCUCCGAUUGAUUUUAACAUCGCGGGUUUACGAUGUCAUCGAUGAAACACCAUUGCACCAUGCUGUCAACCUCAGCAAUCGCCUCGAAUGCAAGGUCCUUCUCAAGCGAGAGGACAUGCUCCCUGUCUUCAGUUUCAAGCUCCGUGGAGCUUACAACAAGAUGGCGCAUUUGCCUCCGGAGAGGCGAUGGAAGGGCGUCAUUGCUUGCUCUGCAGGUAACCAUGCGCAGGGCGUCGCCUUCUCUGCCCGUCAUCUGAAGAUUCCCGCCACCAUCGUCAUGCCCUCCGGUACCCCGGCGAUCAAGCACCUGAAUGUAUCCCGUCUAGGUGGUAGUGUCAUCCUUCACGGAAACGACUUCGAUGCGGCCAAGGAGGAAGCACACCGGUUGGAGAAGCAGCAUGGACUCACUAGCAUUCCGCCGUUCGACGAUCCGUACGUCAUCGCCGGUCAAGGAACCAUCGGAAUGGAAAUCGUGCGCCAGGCGAACUUACAAAAUUUGGAGGCAGUCUUCUGCGCUGUUGGUGGAGGAGGAUUGAUUGCUGGUAUUGGUGUCUAUUUGAAGCGCAUUGCACCCCACGUGCGAAUCAUCGGCGUGGAGGCUGAUGACGCUAAUGCCAUGGCCCAGUCUCUGAAAAUGGGCGAACGCGUUCUUCUCAAAGAAGUUGGACUUUUCGCUGACGGAGCGGCUGUCAAGACAGUUGGUGAGGAGACAUGGCGUCUGGCCCGCGAUGUCGUAGACGAGGUCAUCCAGGUUACGACAGAUGAGACAUGCGCGGCGAUUAAGGAUGCCUUUAUGGACACUCGGUCUAUCAUCGAACCAGCCGGUGCCCUUGCUCUUGCUGGUCUGAAGAAAUACAUCGCAAAGAACCCUAGCCCUGACACCAGCCGGGAACUGGUUGCCGUCACCUCGGGGGCGAACAUGGACUUUGAUCGGUUGCGUUUUGUCGCAGAGCGUGCUGCUUUGGGUGAGCGGAAGGAAGCUCUUCUGAGCGUAAACAUUCCCGAGAAGCCUGGUGCGUUCGCAAAACUCAUCGAGGUUGUCCUGCCCCAUGCCGUAACCGCCUUCAGCUACCGAUACGCCCGUGCUGAAUCUGCAGACAUUUUGAUGGGUAUCUCUCUGUCGGCAUCAACAGGCCAGAAGGAUCUAGCCAACAUCAUCAACCAAUUGACGAAGGAAGGCAUGUCCGCGAAGGACCUGAGUGAUGACGAGCUCGCCAAGCGGCAUCUGCGCUUCCUGGUCGGUGGCCGCUGCGAAGUCCCGAACGAGCGUCUGUUCAUGUUUGAAUUCCCCGAACGCCCGGGCGCUCUGGCCAAGUUCCUCACCACUCUUCGACCUAACCAAAACAUCUCUCUAUUCCACUACCGCAACUACGGAGGUAAUGUCGGCAAGGUACUGGCGGGUAUCCAGUGCCCUGAAUCCGAAAAGGAAGAGCUGGAGGCUUUCCUUCGGGAUCUGGGCUACCCGUUCAGUGAGCACACCAAUUCUCCUACAUACCAGACUUUCCUCCGCAAUUAA